AUGGCCGAGAACUUGCCGCUAGGCACGCGGCACCGCGGUGCCGGAAUUGACGAUGUUUUGUGUUGGAUGCUUUCUUGCUGCCUGCUCAGCGACAUAACUACCUGUGAUUUGCUGCUGGUGAAAACUCCCUGUCAGGUAGUCUGCUAUUAUUGGCUCCCUGUAAGCGCCCAACGCUCAAAUAUUCUCAACUCGUUGCUCAUCAAGACUAUUGUUAAAAAUGGAAAAAAUCUGGACGUGAAAUAUGCUACCCGGACGACUGCAUGGGCCCGACUGCUUUUAGCAAAAAAUGUACAGCAGGACUUUGUCAAAGCCAUCGAGAAGGCGGAUGUUCCUGAGGGAGCUGCCAGUGCUACCCUAGCUAACAACAAGAUUAGCGAGACCGAGCACCCUAGUGAAAGUGAUAGCAAGGAUCACUUCACCACUGUUUACGAAGAUGAAAAUGGAGAUCACAUCACUACCAAGCACGUUUAUCCUUGA